CGCAGCCGCGAGCACGCCGCCAGAGGCCGGCGUCGUCGUGGUCCCGGACGCGACGCCCACGCGCAGCCAGAGCCAGUGACAGUGCCAGUGACAGCAGCCGACCCCUGUGUGCGCGGCCAGUGAGUGCGAGGUGCGAGAGGUGCGACAGGGCCACACAGGAUACGCCCAGGAUACGUCCAGCAGACGGCGGGCCUGCCAGACUGGCACACUGCAGACUGGCCGGCGAAACGAUGCGGUAACAGGAAGCCGCGCAGGCUUUCCCAACAGUUGGCGGCCCGGACCGCAACGCGCCACCGCGCCACCGUCGUCGAACCACGUCCUGCGCCGCGGGAGCUGCAGGGCGAGCACCACCAGGAUCACCUGAAAGGACGGCGACGUUGUGAAGCUUGGCAGCCAUGGAGUCCAUGAGCCCUAGCUACGCCGUGUGCGUGCGGGGCGCGAGCAAGGCGUAUGGCAGCGGCAAGAAGGUCCUCAACGUGCUGGAGCGCCUGGACAUGACGGUGCAGAAGGGAUCCAUCUACGGGCUCCUGGGCGCGUCGGGCUGCGGCAAGACGACGCUGCUGUCCUGCACGGUGGGGCGCCGGCGCCUGGACGCCGGCUCCGUGUGGGUGCUGGGCGGCCGUCCGGGCGAGCCCGGCAGUGGCGUGCCCGGCCCCCGCAUCGGCUACAUGCCCCAGGACGUGGCCCUGGUCGGCGAGCUCACCGUCCGCGAGACGCUGCUCUACUUCGGCUGGCUGUUCGGCAUGAGCGACGACGCCAUCGGGGAGCGCAUCGUGUUCCUGCAGCAGCUGCUCGACCUGCCGCCCUUGAACAAGUUCGUCAAGCUGCUCAGUGGUGGCCAACAGAGGCGGGUGUCCUUCGCCGCCGCCCUGGUGCACGACCCGGAGCUCCUGAUCCUGGACGAGCCGACCGUGGGCCUGGACCCCAUCCUGCGCCAGGCUAUCUGGGAUUACCUCGUCACCAUCACCCGCGACGACCACAAGACCGUCAUCAUCACCACGCACUACAUCGAGGAGGCCAAGCAGGCGCACACGAUAGGACUGAUGCGCGCGGGCCGCCUGCUGGCCGAGGACUCCCCCAGCCGGCUGCUGGGCCGCUACGGCUCCGAGACGCUCGAGGAGGUGUUCCUCAUCCUCAGCUCGAACCAAGGGCCGGUCGACCAGGGCCACGAUGACCCGGGCACCGUGGACCAGGGCUCGGUGGAGACGCUCUCGGUGGACCAGGGCGCCGGCACGCUGCCGCUGUCGGCCAGCUCGACGGAGGCGCUGCACCAGGCCCACGGCUCCAACGGCGACCUCAACUCGUCGCCCAACGGCCACGACGCGCUCGCCCUGCAGAAGCUCCGCGCCAACGGCAAGUCGGCCGCCUGCAACGGCGGCGGCCUCGGCGGCGUCCACGACGUGCCCGUCCGACCGAGUCCGCCUUUCUCCGCCAUGUUCAAGGGCCACGUCAAGGCCCUGCUCGUCAAGAGUUUCCUGCGCAUCCUCAGACAUCUGGGCGCCCUGGGCUUCAUCUUCAUCUUCCCGGUGCUGGAGGUGGGCGUGUUCUUCACGGCCAUCGGCGGCGACCCCCAGGGCCUGCAGCUGAGCGUCGUGAACGAGGAGCUGUACGCCAUGAACCUGACCAGCUGCGACCAGUACCGCGCGGCGUUUGGCGCCCCGGGCUCGACGUACAGUGGCGGCACGGACGACGACUACGGCCAGCCCGUGGGCAACUGCUCGGUGCGCAUGCUGUCGUGCGCGUUCCUCGACUACCUCGACCACAACAUGGCCAACCAGGUGUACUACAAGGAGAGGGAAGAGGCGCUGAGCGCGACCAAGGCCGGCGACUCGAUUGGCGUGCUCUACUUCAGCCCCAACUUCACCGAGUACCUGGAGGCGCGACGCCUGUACGGCUCGGAGCUGUCGGAGGACGAGGUGGAGCAGGGCGAGAUCCCCAUUUGGCUGGACAUGUCCAACCGCCAGCUGGGCACCAUCAUGACCAAGAGCAUCGUGGACUCGUAUCACGCCUUCUCCAGGGACCUGCUGGGACGCUGCCACGCCAACCCCAAGAUAGGGGAGAUCCCUGUGCACUUCGAAGAUCCUGUAUACGGCGUGGACAACCCCAACUUCGCCGUGUUCGCCGCCCCCGGCAUCAUUCUCACAAUGAUAUUCUUCUUGACGACCGGCCUUACCGCAACGGUGAUGAUCACAGAGCGGCAGGAGGGCCUCUGGGAUAGGAGCCUGGUGGCAGGUGUGACGGCUUGGGAGUCGCUUUUGGCCCACGUGGUGACGCAGGGGGUGCUCAUGGGCAUCCAGGCCGCCCUGGCGCUCAUCAUGAUGUUCCUCGUGUUCAAGGUGCCCUGUGUAGGCUACAUGGGCGACGUUAUAUCCCUCACCUUCCUCACGGGGAUGACGGGAAUGUGCUUCGGAUUUUUUGUAUCUGUGUCGUGUGAAACGGUGACAAGUGCCAAUUUCAUGUCUCUUGGUAGUUUCUACCCAAUCAUUCUAUUGAGUGGUGUCAUUUGGCCCAUAGAAGGAAUGCCACUUCUCCUUCGCUGGGUUGCUCUAUUCCUCCCAACAACAUUGUCAACCACAUCACUCCGAAACAUUAUGCUCAGAGGAUGGAGUCUGAGUAAACCAGAGGUUUAUGUAGGCUUUCUCGUGACCGCAGUAUGGGCAGCAGCACUUAUAACUUUGUGUAUGAUAAUUCUAAAAUACCGUAAGUAGGUAAGCUCACAUGAAACUGCUCAAUUCAUUCACAUAGUCAGUAAGAAUCUUCAGACCAAGACAUGUUGAAAUAAAUUGUUUCCACAUGGCAUCAACUAGUUCAUAGAUAGAUUUUUUACUGUAUUGAAAAGUUGUCAAAUCUUUGGAAAUUGUUAGCUGUGAGUCACAACCAGUCUUACAUGAUAUUUGCAAGUAAGCUUUGAAUCAUGGCUGAAUUAAAGCCUUGGCACUAUAGUCAGUAUAUUUUAAGGCUAAAACUAUUUAAGGUGGAUCAUCAAUUGUAUUUAUUCAGAGCUUGAAGCUCUGUAGCCUAGAAUAUCAUAUAUGAAUCCCUUAAUUUUAGGUACAAGUAUAUGUGUGAUAUCUUUGGUUGUAAAUUUUAAUUUGUCUUAAGCUAGACCCAGAUUGAGACUGCAAUAAACUAGAAUUGAGGGGCAAAAACCCAUGGAUUCAGGUGAAGUGGCACUAAAUUUUUAACCGAUGGAAGGAACAGUAUUUUAAUUUACUGACCAUUUGUUUUCUUAAGUAGUGUGAUAUGUACAAACCAUAAUACCGAGGAUGGUAAGUCUCAAUUUAUGUUUUAGUUAGUCUAGAAAAUGAUAUGUAUACAUAAACAUGAGAGUAAAUAGGAAGGAAACGCUUGACAUGAGAAAAUUCAUUGGAAGGUGUGACUGUUACAUGUUAUGGUUGUGACAAAGAAUGAAAAGAGGUGGAAAAUGGCCAAACAUAAUUUUACCUGUGGCCAGAUAGAAAUCAGUUGUAAAUAUGUAAAAUACUAGGCUACUUAGUAACACUGUUUUCAAGAUGGACAUGACAAUUAGACCUAAAUGGAAAAAUUAUUAAUUUAUACUAGAAAGGCAUUUCUUGAGAUGAAUGUGUUCUUGACUCUUAA